GAGUGAGGAGCAGAUAUGGCUGAGGGGAUGAUUGCUUCAGAUUGUGAACCGUGACAGAAUGGUGGACUGUAUGAGCAAAGUCAUGCCGCACACAGUCGUCUCCUGCUGGCAGCCGUUCCUGGGACUGGCUCUUGUGGCUGUCUUUGUGGGUUCGAGCUUCGGAUGUCCUUCCCGCUGUGAGUGUUCAGCGCAGACCAAGGCAGUUGUCUGUCACCGGAAGCGCAUGCUCUCCAUCCCAGAUGGCAUUCCAACAGAGACCAGAAUUCUGGACUUGAGUAAAAACAAGAUGACCAUGAUCAACCCUGAUGACUUUAUUGCCUUUCCUGGGCUUGAAGAACUUGAUCUGAGUGGAAAUCUUAUCAGCUACGUUGAGCCUGGAGCGUUUCAUGCCUUGUUUAGCAUGCACUCACUCAGUCUUAAGAGUAAUCGUAUAAAGCUCAUUCCUCUGGGGGUCUUCACAGCCCUAACAAAUCUUACCCAACUAGAUAUAAGUGACAAUAAGAUUGUCAUCCUUCUGGAUUAUAUGUUCCAAGACUUGCAUAAUCUGAGGUCUUUGGAAGUCGGUGACAAUGAUCUGGUUUAUAUUUCUCACCGUGCAUUUAGUGGACUUUUAAGCUUGGAGACACUAACUUUGGAAAGAUGCAACCUUACAGUUGUACCCACCGAGGCUUUAUCCCACUUGCACAACCUGGCCAGCCUCCAUCUGCGUUACCUCAGCAUUAGCACUUUGCAUCCAUACUCGUUCAAAAAGCUUUUCCGUCUGCGGCAUUUAGAAAUUGAUUACUGGCCUUCACUGGACCAUGUGCCAGCUAAUACCCUUCAUGGACUAAACCUUACAACACUGUUUAUAACCAACACCAACCUGUCCACUUUCCCCUACCAAGCCCUUAAACAUCUGCCCUACCUGACUCGUCUCAACCUGUCCUACAACCGCAUCAGGCACAUUGAAGGGGGCAUGCUCACUGAGCUUGUUCGGCUGAGAGAGUUGCAUCUAGUUGGAGCUCAACUAACGUCUAUAGAACCAUUUGCAUUUCAAGGCCUGCGGGGUCUCAAAGUCCUCAACGUCUCUUACAAUCGACUGGAUACGUUGGAAAAGGGUGUGUUCCAAUCUACUGAAGCGCUGGAGGUCCUUCUGAUUGACAACAACCCUUUAGUAUGUGACUGCCGCCUCAUGUGGAUUCUACAGAAAAAGCAUUCCAUCUUUUUCGGAGACUCCCAACCAGAAUGCAGCACACCUGAUGGAAUACGUGGACAACCAUUUAAGGAAUUUAAGGAAACUCUACUGUCUUAUUAUGUGACUUGCACCAAGCCAAAAAUUCGUGAGAAUAAGACACACACCUACACUGUGGAUGAAGGCCAGCCGGCAAUGUUACGCUGCAGUGCUGAAGGGACUCCAAGGCCAAGUGUGUCAUGGCUGUCUCCCCGCCGACGAGUUCUGACAAGUAGGAGCCAUGGAAGACUGAUGGUGCACAACAAUGGCACACUAGAGAUUAAGUCAGCGGAGAUGCAAGACAGUGGAGUGUACCUUUGCCUUGCUUCUAACACAGCUGGAAAUGACACCCAGAUGGCUUCAUUGGCAGUGAAAAGUCUUGGAUCGCUGUAUGCUAACAGGACCCAGCAAUACACAGAUCCCAGCAAUACCACUGUCAAUGGAACAGCCGGCGUGAGCCUAGGUUUGGAUCUUAAGACUAUUUUGGUGUCAACAGCUAUGGGUUGUUUCACAUUCUUGGGAGUGGUCUUGUUUUGCUUCUUGCUCCUUUUUGUUUGGAGCAGAGGGAAAGGAAAACAUAAAAACAACAUUGACGUGGAGUAUGUACCUCGGUCAAAGUCCAAUGGCACCAAUGUUGAUUCAGCAGAGGGACAAGUCGGUCCUCGUCGUUUUAACAUGAAGAUGAUGUGAGUUUAUAUGAAUAUAUGCACAGAGUGAAAAAGAGACACAUGCAAAGAGAACGUGAACAAGACGGGGUUCAUGAAAAUGCACAAAGUAAAAGUAUUUUUUAAAAAGAAGAUGAAAGGAUUGGUUCUGAACAUCUUUCAGGUAUCCUAACUAAAUGGGAAGUAUCCUGUUACUGGGUUUUGACAUAAUUGUUGGAUAAAGUAUUUUAAACACGACAGAGUACAGCAGUUAGAUAAAUGUGCACAACUGCUUGGACAAGGAAUGGAAAUAUUUGUCAUCAUGGAGACCUGAAGAAAAAACAGUCGUGUAUAUCUCUCUGAAAUUUGUAUGCCCAGAUGAAGCCCUUGGUUUGGGGCUGACUACAGACUCUGAUAAACAAUGUA